AUACUUACACGAUCCGUGGGUGGGUCACAAUGGUUGGAUGGCCUCUUCAUUUACUCCUGCUCUUCUGACAUUUUUUCCAUGUUAGGGACACAGAGGGCAAAACAAGUGCAGUGGCCCGAAGUCCCCACCACACGCAAAAUUGUUGGCCAAAGGAUUCAGAGAUUGAGAUCCAUGGGAACUAUACGAUCUCAAGCUGCGUUCUUCUUGUUCCCUUCAGCUUUCCGUCUCACUCCUUCCCAUCAUUCCAAAAGAAGUCCUUUCUCUCUCUGCCCCUCUUGUUGCAACCUAAAGAAUACCUCCAAAACCCCACUCUCUCGCUCCUGGCCUAGAAUUUCUCUCUCCCUCUUCGGCUCUGGUUUUAUUUUGGGUCCUCUCAUAGAUGGCAUCCAUUCGAGGGUCCAGCUUGUAGUUUACCAAAAUGGGGCCAUCCAAAUUGGACCUCUUUAUACAAAUUUAUGGGUUCCUUUGUUAUUGGGAGUAUUCUACUGCACUGUUGGGUUGCUACAACUGUUUUUGGAUGAAAGAGUUUCUUCCAACUCCAAUGAUACACAAGGAAGCUUACCGAAAACAGCACUUUCCCUUAUAUUAUUGGCAUCAUUCAUAGAGAUGAGUGCUGAGAUGUACAAAGCUGGGCUUCCCUCUAGCACAGAAACCUACAUCUUGUUCGCAGUUGCUGAGCUUAUCUGGUUCUUUUUUGAUGGGACAUGGUUGGGAUUCACAUUGGCUUGCAUUGUCGGCUUUGGUUGCCCUUUGGCAGAAAUCCCAAUUAUGAAGUUAUGGAAUCUAUGGUAUUAUCCCCAUCCGGACAUCAAUGUCUUUGGUGAGGGUUUAGUUAGUUGGACUAGCACCUGUUACUUUGUUUACACUCCUUUCUUGAUCAACUUAUCUCGGUGGCUGAAUUCAAGCUCAUCGCUCACCAUCAAGGAGAUGACAGAGAAGGCCAAGAUAUCUUCUCCAGAUCGUUGAGAUGAGGUGACACUCAAGCUAAAUAUCAUACAUGAUAUAAGGCAUGUAUUCAUGGCCACUUGGUGAAUUCGUGCCAUCAUGUAUCAUAGGUGCAUAUAUUUGUGCACCUAUUCACAUGUUUGUAGGUACUUGCUUCGGGUCGUAUAUUUUCAUUUUAAUGCAUGAUUGAAUGAAAUCACUUAGAUAUCUGUAUUUGUAAGUAUGCAUGUGCAUGUAUGAGUAUUCUUUGUAUUUGGCAUCCAUAAGUGUGUGUACCGAUGCUUGUAUUCUUGGGUGAUUGAUUAUCCAUGUGCGUAUGCAUGCACAUACGUAAUUCCUUGUA